AUGAUGGUGCUUUUAUCCUUACGUGCUAUCACCCUAUGCGGACCGAUGUAUAUGGCUUGCGAUGACGUUCGUGUGCUAUCAACGCGAAGAAAAACGCGAGUGCAACAUGAACGUGUUUUGGAGCGUAAACGGGGACGUUCUACUGCCGCAUGGCAGCAGCGUGGACCUCACGCAUGUGAUGGCCAAGCCGUUGAUCGAAGUCAGCCUGGUUGA